AAGCUGUCAAAGUGGCGAAAAAAGUCUGAGUAAAUAUUUUUCCAGCAAAUCUUGUAAAUUAUUAUGAAUUUUCGCGUUCUUGUAGAUAUGUGUGAAUUUAUUUGACUUACUUUAGUAAUCGUAAAUUAGUUAAAAGUGUUUCUAAAAAUUUAUUACUUGUAAGUGUAUUGAUGUAUAUUUAAUUAUUAUUAAACUAUGGCGAAGUCUCGCUGCUUUCUUGGUUGUGAUGAGGAUAAUCCUAUAUACUUUGGCUUCCCGACAAGCCGCGCGAAGUACAAGAAAUGGCUCAGUCUGAUGAACAAGACCGGCAACGUGACGCCCGACGACGUGCUGUGUCACCGACAUUUUGCCACGAGCGACUACGAGCGCAUCAGGGGCAAGUUCAGGCUCAAGAAGAACGUGAUGCCAUCGCUGCUGCUCACUGGAGAGUCAGAAACUACAGCAACCACAAUUACCAUUAGCAGCGAAUCAGCACAAGACAAAUCAAGUACACCAGAACAGGAUUCCAGAAUUGACACGGGGGAAAAGCCCCCAGAUGACUCCACUCAGAAACCCCCCGACAAACUUGUAGACAACGGAGAAACUGCAGAAAGUACAUCUAAAACAAAACCAAGUGAGGUCGCAGAAGAUUCUUUAAAUAAAUCUUGCGAACAGAACAACAAAAGUGACAGUGAUAGUUCCAGUAGCGUAAUAUGUAAUUCAGAAGACAGCGUACUAUCUGAAAGCAAUGUUAAGACCGUCCACCGACCUCAAACUCCCGACGCCGGACAAGACAUAGAGGAUAUAAUAACCAACUAUCACAUACGAAACAAGAAACCCAACAAGUUAGUGAGUCCUCCGCGCGAAAUCGAGUCCCCUGUUAUAGAGGUGGCUUGUCAGACAGAACCUCCAAAGGAGCCCGAUCCUGUCUUCAUAGAGGUGUCGGUUGACCAAGAUCCAAAUGCGUCAAACCCUGAAGCUGGUAGCCAAGAUUGUCUGAUGCUGUUGGAGAGUCUCCAGGUGGAAGUGGAUCCCACCAUGCUGCUGUUGCCCGAACGCGAUGAAGAUGACGAUUCCGAUGACGAUGUGCAGGAAGUAGAGAGGAAAGAUGAUCCAAUAAGCUUAGUGACCUCAAGCGACGAGGACGAGGUCAUUAUACAAGAGCCGGAAAUCGACACCGUGGAGGUAUCAUCGGGUUCCGACGAAGAUGACGUACCACUCGUCAAACUCGUCAAGAAAAAGCCGAAAGAAGGACGAAAAAAAAAGUCUAACUACAGGCCUCCCGCCAACAUUGCCAAAAUAAUGUGGGGUCUGUGCGAGUAUUAUUGUCUACAGUGCAAGUAUAAUACGACGAGUAAAAGCGAUUAUACGCGGCACCUAAAACACCAUGAGACUGUUCUCCACAUUUGCCAAAUUUGUGGAUAUACGACAUCCAGUAAACAACAGUUUUGGAGGCACAAACGGAAACACAAAGCCGAAAAGCGAUUCAAAUGUCACUUGUGCGAAUACAAGGCCCGCCACAGCAUGAGCCUAGUCUACCAUCUCAAGUCUCACGACAGGAAGAAUGGAGUGGAGUGCGGGAAGUGUGGACUUUACUUUAUAGAGAAGAGGAAUGCGGCGAGGCAUCUCAAGAAUUGCACGGGGAAGGGAAAGGUCUAUCCCUGCAAGUUAUGUUCGUACAUGACCAAACGGCUUUCUGAUUUGCGACGCCAUGUGAACAGCAUUCAUGGAGAUGAUGAUGUAGAUUAUAUACCAUCGUAUUAUGUGUUUCAUUUUACCCUUUAUUCCUGUAUUAAUUUUUCUAUACUACUUAACUUUUGAAGAGUGGCUUUAUUUAGGCACUU